AUGGCGGCGGGGGUGGGGAGACUGCGCCGUCCACUGCCUCCAUCUUCGCGCCUCCGCUCCGACCUCGCCGACGCCAUCCACUGCCUCGACCCUCACGGCUUUGCUCCGACCACGCUGACGCCAUCCACCAGCGCCUGGCACGUGGACGCCCGUGGCGCCGUCACGUUGCACACGAACCGCGCCGCCCCCACCUCCGCCGGUGACACCGCCGCCAUGCAGAGGAGCGCCACUAGCACGAAGACGAGGGGCAUGGGGAAAAGGAAGGAGCCGUAUGCGCCAAAGAUGCAGGGAAUAUGCGGCGGCGGCUACGCGUGGUGGUGGGCUGCUUCGCCGGCGGCGCAGCAGGAUGACAUUGGGAGCGUCGUGGCGCAGACGCUGUCGCCUCCGUCGACGGCGGCACCGGCCGCGGCGUCGCCGAGCAUUGCGUCGCCCGCGGCGUCGUCGCCGUCGGACGUCCCGUCGUCGUCGUCCAAGAAGCGCAAGUCCCCCGCGCACAGGGCGCCCGGGCACACCGGCGGCAAGAAGGGGGGCGGCGGCAAGGGCGGCGGCGGAGGGUCCGACCGGGACAUGAGGUGGGCGGAGCAGCUGCUGAACCCGUGCGCGGUGGCCGUCGAGGCCGGCAACCUGUCGCGCGUGCAGCACCUGUUCUACGUCCUCGGCGAGCUCGAGUCCUUCUCCGGAGACGCCAACCACCGCCUGGCCGCGCACGGGCUGCGCGCGCUCGCGCGCUGGCUCCCCGCCGCCGUUGGCCCCGCGGCUGCAGCGGCCGUGCGGGUGCCGCCCUGCUCCGAGCGCCCCACGACGGCGUUCGCGGCCGCCGAGCCGCGCCUGUUCCGCGCCUCCCUCAUCAGGUUCCACGAGGUGAGCCCCUGGUUCGCGCUUCCCAACGCGCUGGCCAACGCCGCCAUCGCGCAGGCCUCGACGUGCGGCGCUGCCGGGGCGACGCCCCGGCCGCUCCACGUCGUCGAUCUCGGCGUCUCCCACGGCGUGCAGUGGCCGACGCUCCUCGAGUCGCUCACGCGGCAGCCGGGCGGCCGCGCGCCGCCGUCCGUCCGCCUCACCGUGGUCGGGCCCGGGGCCACGGCCACCUCCCCGGUGGCGCCAUUCUCGGCGUCGCCUCCCGGGUACGACUUCUCGCCGCACCUCCUCCGGUACGCCAAGUCCAUCAACCUGGACCUCCGCAUCUCCCGCGCCGCCACCCUGGACGACGCCGUGCCCGGCGACGACGGCGAGGCGCUCGUCGUGUGCCUCCAGUUCAGGCUCGGGCACGCCGCCGCCGAGGAGCGAAGAGAAGUCCUCCGCAAGGCGAGAGGCCUCAAUCCGGAGCUGGUCGUCCUCUCGGAGCUCGACUCCGGCGUCGGCGUCGUCGGCGGCGACGGCGGCAGCGCGGCGGGCGAGUUCGCGGCGAGGCUGGAGCUGCUGUGGCGGUUCCUGGAGUCGACGUCGGCGGCGUUCAAGGGGAAGGACGUGGAGGAGCGGCGGCUGCUGGAGGACUUCCAUGCAAUUCAAGCGAUCGAUUGA